CAAUGAAACGCUUAUUUACAUUUUAAUCAAUUCUACCCGGCGGAGCGUUAUCUGCGUAGUUUAAUAUAUUUGCAAAAUAUGAAGUGAUCAUGGUUGAGCAUUUACAGUACAAAAGAAGAUGUAUCAUCGUCACGGUGUUAGUUUGUGCAACAGUAGGGGAGCUUGUUGUUCUUAUGUCAUUGGUCAUAUACUGGAGAGUAGUGAGGUAUGAACGGAUGGCUCCCCAACAGCAAGAGAUGUGUCUUCCACAAAACAAAUUUCAUUCUAAAGGUUGUACGGAUGGACUGAAGGAGGAUUUCAAGGAAGCCAAAAAUGUCACCAUGUGCUGCGGAAAUUCUAGCUAUGUUCUUGACAAACUUGUAUCAAAGGUCGCUUCUGACAGAUAUAACAGCAAUACAAACCCAGAAACUUCUGAGCUUAAUUUGACGGAUUACAACUGUAUUGAAACUAAAGAGAAGAAACCAGUCGCGAAACUUGUAGGACUGGCUACAGACAGAAAACAUGUUCAAGUUGGCACAAACUUCAAAUUAAGCUGGAAUUCACUUUCACCGUCAUACGCAGUGAAAGGACUAACUCAUCUACCAGAUGAUGGUACUAUUUAUGUUGAACAGACAGGUUUUUAUUACGUCUUCUCGCAAAUAAAAAUGAAACUUGACCAAUCAAUGACUAAACCCGACCAUACAAUGAAACAUUAUAUCCAUCUGAUAUCAAACAAAGGAACAGGAACAACACUUUUGGAAAAUGCAAGGCCACAGUGUAAACUUGUAGAAUUAGAAUCUGAGGUUACAAGUGUAAUUGGGGCAGUCUUCAAGUUGGAAACAGGAGAUCGGCUUUAUGUUGCGACAUCACAUCCUGAACAUCUGAUUUCUGAUUAUAAUAACAAUUAUUUCAGCAUACAUAGCGUCUGAAGUCCAACUUUUGGUCAAUUACAGGUCUUAGAGCUAAAAGGGCGUACUUCAAAUAAGAAUCAACACAUUUGUUACAUUUGUACAGAGUAUCUAAGUAUUAUAAAAGGUAUUAUCUGCAAAAAUACAAAUUGCUAUAAUACUUAUUUAAAAUUGGUUAUUACAAGCUCCAUUCACCAAGAUGACAACUUCUUACUUUCGUGUGUUUAAACUGAUUGUUGCAACUCGGAAAUAAGAGUAUGCAUAUAUGCAAAUGUCAAUUUCUUACACCAGUAUAAUUAUGUAAGUUAUAUGUUGCAAUUUGAUGGUAACAAAUUACAUUCACCCAAAUGCAAUUUUUUUCUUCCAUAUAUCAAAUAUUAUCAUUAGUGUAUUACAAACGGAAACUUCUAGGUAUAACAAUUCAUCCAUAAAACACAUUUUUUAUCAAUGAUGCUAAUUUUAGAUCGUUAUUUUGCAUUAUAUAUUAUGCAUGUCAGCCGUCAACCUGCAAGUAGUAGAUAAGAUAAGAUAAGAUAAUAUUUAUUUAACGUCGGUUAUAGAUAAAAGUUACAACAUAAGCUUGAAGCUUGUAUCCGACAUAAACAUAUUAUCCUAUAACAUACAAACAAAACAAACUGUAAAUAAAAGCACCAUUAACACAUAUUAAAAUUAAGUUCUUCAGAUUAAAACCUGUGUAUCAAACCUAAAAAAUUAAUUGAAAGACAUAUAUUACAACAUAGUGAUACAGGUAAGCACAUCAGUUACUUAAGAAAUUCAUUUCUAAAAGAUACUUAUAAACAGUGAAAAAUGAAGACAAUUUUAUACAAAAGCUAAGACCUGUGUAGUAUCUGCUGGUCAUAAAAGGAGUGUAAGACUACAUCUAUAAAAAUUGGACAAAACUUGCGGAAUAAAAAUUUCCAUAAACAGAUUUAGGUAAAGCGAUCAGCAGCUACCAUACAGGGUGGAAAUAAGACAUGAUAGUAUUGUUUAAACAAACAGAAACACAUAUAUCACACAUGCAGAGUAGCUAAAACUAAACUAACUAGGAUAUUUGCUAAAGCAUGCAGCUAAGACAAACUAAAUAUUAAUAAGAUACAAUGCAGCCAAGACAAACUAAACAUAAAUAAGAUACAAUGCAGCCAAGACAAACUAAACAUAAAUAAGAUACAAUGCAGCCAAGACAAACUAAACACUAGAGCUAUUACUAAAGGUGAUGAAUGUACCCCCGCAUGCACUGACACAGUACAUUGCAAUUUGACGCACACAAGAUCGCAUAAUUAUGUGGACUGUAUGUAUAUAGACUGUAUGUAUACAGUAUAGUAAUAAAAAACAAAGUCCCAUAACUAUGCAGAAUAUUUAUCUAAAAGAACGUUAAAUGCACCAUGCACGCUUAGGAUUGGUACUGAUCACUUGUGUGAAGUUUCAUAUAGUAGAUAUAUGGAACAGAUAUAAGUAAAUAACAGUUUGAAAUCGUAGAAGUAAACAAGUUAGAAUGAAAGACAUCGAAUUUAAAAGAGUUUCUCUAAUAUCAUUUUGCGGACUACAAAGAAGAAAGAAACAGAAAUACCGGUUCAUUUUAACUUUUGGAAGGCGAACAGUGAUAUGCUUCAAACUGCGAUGUACUGUUAGGGUCGUGGCGGUGAAGGGUGAUGUUUCAAUAGUGACCGUCGACAUCGUAUCUUCGCGCUUCAUUAUAAUGCUUUCGUGCUUCGUCAUUAUUACGUCACGUUUCUAUAAAGUGCAUCGCGCAUUUGUCCUCCGACAUCGUAAUAGUGCGGUUUGCUAGUUUGCUCCUUGCCAUCGUUCUGUCACCCUCCUGCUGGGCACGCCCAAAAUAUCAAGUAAAAAAGAAGGGAAAUGUUGACUAUUCAGGGCAGGUCAUACAAAUUGUCUUGGUAGUCUUCAAACUGACAUCCUUAUGACUAGGGUUUAUACCAUUACGACAUAUAAGAAGGCCGAAUGUAGAAAAUAUUUGUAUCAAGUCUCAAUGUUUUUGACCCUGAUACCAGUACGUGUACAUAUUUUCGUAUCAUACAUGGUCGUAUAGGUAUAUGCAGCUUAUAUCGUUUGAAACAGUGUGCGAUUAUCAUGAAAAUAUAUUACAAAUUUGACAACGAAAUAGAAAUGACAUAUAGAUACGAAAGAGCGAAAUAAAAGUUUGGACAAUUACAAUUGGUAAUUAUUCAUUUUGAGAAUUGUAAUUUACAUGCUUAACGUGAGCUGAUAAAUAAAUAGUUAGUUCCCAGUUGAGUGAAUGCAAUUUGUACUUGUCUAUUAGAAACACAGAUAGACGUUAGGAGUUGUCAGUUUGGGAAUGAAAUUUGUGACAACACAUUAGAAAUAUACAAUAUAGCAAUUUGUAUUAUAGCGGAAAUCACCCUCUUCAAAUUGUCAUAUCUUUUUGACAGUAUGUUUCCCUUUAUCCCAUUGUCAUAUCGAGAUUUCAUAGAUUUCAUCAGUAAAAUAUUACAUAAAACAUGAAAUGCUGAUUGGUUUUUGUUAAUGUUUAACGACAGAUAAUGAAUUUCCCGAAACGUGAUUUUAAACUAUAUUGAAUUUUGAUUGAAUAGUUGCAAAUGCAUAUAGUUUCAUUUCAAUGUUACAUCGUAAUUUCAGUUUGUGUAAUACAAUGGAAUUAUAUUUGUAAAUGUACAGAUUAUGCCGCCGGAAAGAGUAAUAAUACACAGCGAAAGAGCAAGGGCAUAUUUCUCAACACAAAGCUAAUUAUCUUUUUAUAUUACAUACUGAUGAGCAUGAGUAAAUUGAAAUUAUUGACGUUAAUGGGGUUUUAAUGCGGUGUUUAGGUUAAAAUAAUGUCUACAAUGACUUCGUUUACGAUGUUAAAUGUACAUGUUUGGCAAAACUAGCUGUUUAAGGUUGUAUAUUACCUAGCGGGGCUCAAAAUUUACGUGUACUGAAAAUUUGUGUUUUAAUGUUGUAGUGCUUUAUUUUGUGUCACAUUUGUGACAGGUCUAAUUAUUUUCCGUAUAUCAUAUUUCUUCGAUUCUCAGUUGUGUGAAUUUUUUUUCUCGAACGCUGAAAUGUCUUGUUGUAGAUAUUUUAUUAUGUUUUCCUAUUGUCAUUUCAGUGUUACCUUUAAAUGUAUAUUUGAUACAAGGUUCAUAUUUAGAAAGAUGAACAAUUACUUCAUAUUAUUUAUGUAAACAUGAAAUUAACAAGUUUAUGUGUUCUAACAUAAUUUUGCGUUAGAUUUGAAUAGUAACACUAUAUACAUGUAUACAAUAUAAAUGUGUACUACCACAAUGGCUGUUUUUAACAAUCAGCUGUGACUGCAUGACAUUUAAUUGUGGAAUGUAGCUCUAUAUGCAAACUUAAUUUAUAUAUUAAGUAAAGUUAAAUACAUUUGAUCAGGAUUUUGCACAUUAGAAAUAGAUAUCUGAAAAUAAGAUAUUUUUUGUAAAAGAGUGAAAACAUUUUAAUGUUUGUAUAAAAUCAUUUGCAUUGUAGAUAAACAUUAUAACUUACCCGCUAUUUUGUACAAAAGUUUGAAUGAAAUUUUCAGAUAAAUAUACAGCGAUUCACUUAAAUAUUAUUAGUUUGAUCAUUAUUCUUGCAUUACUUGUAAAUAUUAGAUAACUAAUAAUAUAGUUAUGCGCCCAUUACAUUGAGAAUGUUGAAUCAUUUGACAUUAUGUAAUAAAACUUACGUAAUUUUAACGUGUCUGGUUCUGAAUUCAUACAUGUAUAUGAUGAACUUUGCAUGGUUUUUGCAUGAUGAACUUUAAAUCUGACUUCGUAUCAUUAGAACGGCUUCAUCACUCCCUAUAUGUUUUACAAAGUGUGCUUGUCUGGUAUGACAUUGUAUACCUGAUAUCGAACAUGUGCUUGUUUUGAAGCGAAGAAAGGCUACUGUAGGCAAUCUAACAAAGAAACUUACUUGCAAAUGGGAAUUCCCUCCAUUCAUUUUACAGUGACGCAGUGAACUAAGCUGGUAAUCUGUUUAUUAACAUAAAAUUUAAUCAUGCAUAUUCAAAAGGUGCACCAAUGUGAAAAUGUCGUCCUAUCUAAAUGGAUUGUGUAAUCUGAUACCGGCAUUUAAAAUCUUUUUCAAGCAUCCAAACUUGACAUUUUACAAUCAUCAAUGAGUUGUUUGGUGAUUGAUCCAUCAGACUGAUCUAAAAUGUCGCUAACAAGGUAACGUGAUGGUCCCAUUAUAAAAUAAAAAUAUAGUUCGUCAUGAAAGAAAACAAUACCUGAACAUAUUUUGUGGCAAUAUAACUUUAAAGGUAUUUAACUAUACGUUUAUACAACAUUUGUUAAAUUAACACUUUGAUCGGAAACGAAAGUGUUUAUGAAACUAUGUAGGACAAUGAACAUCCAGUCCAUAAUCAACUAAUGAAUGGGUUAUUUGUAUAUAAUAGGUAAAUAAAUACCGAUAUAUUUUUUCAAAAUUUCAAGGACACGCGAUCUAUUUUGCUUGCCAAUGUUUUUAUCUGGUUUCCAAUUGUUUUUAUUUAUGUCAGAUCUGACAUAAUGCUAAGAGUAUUUUGCCAAUAUCUAAAGUCCAAUUCAGAUAGUUGGCAUUCGUUUAGACAAAUCAAUUGUGAGUGUAAAGAAGAAACAUCUGACAAUGAAAAUUUAGCCAUUUUAUAGAGUUACUCAUUUGACGACCACACCCCAUUUUUUAAAAUCUAAAAAAACGUAAAUUCAUAUUACUGAAGUAAAGCAGUUGAUUUUAUUACAGAAAAACAAGGUAUAAUACAAAAAUAACACCAUUUUUCGUCAGUUAGAACGCAUAUUUUUGAAAACUGUAAGUGCUCUCCAUUUAUGUAAUAAAUGUUCGUUAAUUUAUAGUUACUUGAAGAAGUUCUUAUUGGAAUCAUUAUCUCUUACUUCAUGUUCAAAAAUGCAGUUUGAAACAAAGUUUAACGUAAGUCAAAUUUACAACAAAAUGUGAGCGAGUAACUUAAACAAAUGCAGUUAAUUAUCAAUUUGUAUUUUGCGACUUUUUAUCAAAAUACGAACACUGAUGUGAUCAUAGCAUUCGAUUCGAUUCGAGUCUGUAAUUCUAACAUCCUAGUGACAUUAAAUAGUUAACAACGUUAGAAAGUUACUGUAAGAAAAUAUGUUGUGUUAGAGGAUAACUUGCGAGAUGUUAAGUGUAUAAACAAAUAAUUCCUAACGGAUCAUAAUUAUGCAUAUAUUCAGUAGCUUGGCAGAAACCAUUGAAAUAGUACCAUUGUGCUUUAAAGAAUUGUAAAUCUUAAAAUCUUCAUAUUGACCCAGCAGACUGAUGGGUCUGAUUGUAAAGAGUUGUGACUAAACAUGCAAUCUAUCUUUAAACACCCUUUAUCUUUUUAAUUUUUACCAAUUGAAAUUGGCAAAUUGCCGCGCUGAUAAUCUGUCCGGGUGUGCAAAUAACAACCCCAAUAAUGUCAAGUUUUGACAUACAUUUUGGAGAAGGGUCUGUUAAACCACACACGAAAGACAUUAAAUUGAUAACAAUGUGAUUUUGUUUAUCAAGCGGACCUAUUGAUGUUGCAAAUAAUCCAUCAUAGUCAGAAUAUCCAGCUUUUACGGCCUGCUUAAAAUUAGUGUGUUUUGCUCAGUUUGGAAUUUACAAAUUUUAAUGCAUAUGUUACCGGUUUAAAUUUCCCACUGAUCGUUCUAAGAUUGUGUUCCUUUAAAUGCUUUUUUUCUAUAUCUGUGUGCUAUAAUUAGCCCAAGUAGUUCUGAAUAUAUUUAUAAAGCUAUACAUCUAAUACGGUAGCUAUUGUCUUAAAGCAGCAUGCCUCCAGAUCGUUCGACAACAAAAAAAAAAAAUUUUUUUAGAUAUCUUGAAAUAAAUGCUAUAUUUCUUAAGAAGGCUUUAAAACUUAAUUGCUGACAAACUUUAUGUUACGGAAGCACAUGAGAAUUUGCUGUUUUUACUACAUUUUACCAUGAAAAUCGAAAAGCGUUUGUCACGCUUUUACUCCAUGUAAACUGUCUCGAUUAUAAAUACAUGUAUCUAUAUUUUGAAAUCAUUAUUCGCUACUUCAGCCAUAGCGCUUUUGGUUACAACGACAGGAAAAUGUCUUUACAGCCGCGGCGGUCCGGGUUUCGAUUCCCGACGCGGUCAUCUUUUUUUCUUGAUUUGGAACUUUUAAAUUAUUUUAGAAACAAAAAUUCAUAUUCUAAUGUUCAUAAUAAGACCAAACUUCAAUUUGAAAGAAAGAUUUUUUAGCCAAAUCUGGAGGCAUCGUUCUUUCUGUGUUACUCCUGAAUGGGAUAUGUGUUCUUGUUUUAUAAAUAUUUAUAAGGGACGGGUUCACUUGAUGUCGUAGGCGAACCAGAAAGUCGAAAACACAAUACUUAUAAGAUUGGCAAAAUUGUUUUAUAUAUCUUUAUAAGUGUUUAAAAAGCAUAGUAUAUCCCAACGACAUAUAUUUGCAUAUAUAGUUUGUCUACAGUACUAUAUCUUCCUAAAUGUAAGUAGCGUUAAUAGACUUUUAUCAGAUUAAAUACAUAUAUAUUUCGCAUCACGUAAAAUGACAUUACUUAUUUACAAUAAAUGUGACACAAAAGAACAGUAAUCCAAACUACCAGUAUGGCAACGGUAUAGAAGAUGCGGAACAUUUCUUUUUUUCAAAUGCAUUAAAUUCAUGAAUGAAAGACUUCAGCUAUUUUGCAGCAACGGCACUUUCCACCAACUUUGUUCUGAAAACCUUAUUUUUGUUGCGGCUACUUAAAUAGUGCAAAUCAUGACAUGAUGUUCAAUGAAGUGCUACAUACAUGAAAAAAUACUGGUCGGUUUCAAACAACAUAAUACUUUAAAACUAUUCUGUUUUCCAUAUUAUACUAAACAGGUAAUGAAUAAGGGUCGGGACGCUGAAAUUGGUCGGUCAGUAUAACUUUAAUUUAGAGCAGAAGAAAACACUUUUCUCUGUUAUCUUUUAUCUAAACAAUUGAUUUUGUUUUCUUUUGUAUCUUUCAUUUAAAAGCAAAUUCCGUUAUACGUUUAAUCAACAUAAUCUUGACGGCUUAUAAUGUUGGCAUGUUUGAUGAUUUUCAUGUCAGUAUAUGACCAUUACGAUUAAAUUCAAGUAACAUUUUAUUAACCUUUUCGAUCGCGUAUGUAAACGAAACGCGGGAAUCCAGCAUGCGUAAACAAAUAUGAGGUCAUGACACUCCAAACGCGUAAUAACGGACGGAGUUUCAAUAAGAAGUAUUACUCUACCAUAACGAUGCUACGAGUUGUUUGUAAAAUUAUUUUUAGUAUAUUAAAGAGUAUAUUAAAAGAGUUCUUACUACAGUAGCUUGAUCUGGAAUGUUAGGUUCGGCUCUGGUUUAUUUUACCACACCUGGUCUUUCUCGUGCGCGCCUCUGGUUAUCCAGGUCAGCCUUUUCACUAAAUCGCUGUCAUCUUCAUCAUUUCGCACUAAUUAUAUAAUUUUUGUAUAAGAAUUUAAUUUAUCUUUCUGAAACAUGAUACGAAACAUGGUCUGAAAGGCUGCAAAUCUUAUGAAAUAUAAUCAUAUCUUCAAAAUUAUUGAAACUUAUUGUAAAUCGAUGUUAUCUACGUAUAUGUGCUGUAUUUAUUUGUUUCUUUGUUAAAUUCUACUUUCCUCACAAAGUUUACCUUAAAACAAGGUUUCGAUGACCGAAACAUAUACAUCUUUGGUCAAAUAUGCUUUGUUCGACAAAAGUCGAUUUUCUCUAGGGAACGCAAGGUGCUAUUACGAGCGUAUAUGUCGGAUGAUGUUGAAACUGGGCAAGAUGUAAGCUAAUAAGUAUAUAGAUGGUUAAGAAAAUUGUUCUUUGAUAUGAAAAAGUGGCUUACUUUUAUAUCCCGGAAAAUGCAAUAUUAAAAUUGAUUUAGACUUCAUAAAGGCAAAUAUUCUGACUCAAUUUCAAAUAGAUCAAGCAGGUAAUAUUGCCACUAUAGCACUAAAAAGUGUAUUUUUAUGAUUUAACCUAGCGACCUAGUUAUUGACCUUAUAUAUCAAGUUUUAAACUUGGCCAGAAAUUGUAAAAGACAAACAUUCUGCAUUUGUACGCAGAUCAGGUACAAAAUAGGCUUAAUGAGUGUUAAGAAUGACCUAGUGUCUUAGUUUUAUAUCCCAAAUAACCCUGUUUCAAAUUUGUUCUACAAUUUAUAAAGAGAAAUGUUAUGACUAUCUUUCAUGUAGAAAAUAUGGCAUCCAGGGCAUUGAGAAUGUGUUCCAUGAUUGAAUUUACUGAUAGAUGACCACGUUACAAAUUUAACCUAAAAUUGAAUAAGACAAACGUUUAGAACAUCUUUAUGUAGAUAAAGUAAACAAUUUAGUCUCUAGGGUGUUUACAAGGCUUUUCUAUUAUUCGGCUUAGCGACAUAAUUUUCCACCCAGAUUCAAAGUUAACCUACGUUUGGUAAUGGCGAAUAUUUCGACACGAUUUCACAAGAUCCAGCAGAAAAAUGUUGCCCUAUCAGUUUCAACAAUGAUCCUUUUUCAGGACCUCGUUUUUUAAUCCAAGAUAAUCAAAUUCAAAACUAGAUCUAGAUCAGUCUUAGACCGAGAAUGAAUCGUGACCUAGUCCCGUUUGAGCUAAGAUGACCCAGUGUUAAACUCUGUCGAGAUUUUCGCAACACUAUAUUCUGACUUAGUUUCAUCACAAUUGGACAUUUGGGUAACCUCUAGUGUGUUAACAAUGUUAUUGUGAACUUACGGAAGACGACGGACGAAGACGAACGACGGACAAAGUGUUACCGCAAUUGCUUACUUUGAGCACUAUGUGCUCUGAGUUGCUAAAAUCUCGGGUGCGCGGCUCAAAUGUUGAAUAACAUUCCUACACAAUGGCGGUCGUUCAAUGAUUUUUGCGACAUGUGUAUUACAAAUUUUCUUUUGACAGACAGAUUGACAGAUGAGCAGUCGAAGCCAAAUCUAUAUCCUCCGACGCAUCAUAGUGUUUUGAGGAUUUGUUACUACCUCACAUAAAAUAAUUAAAUUUUGUUAAGAUGGCCCCCGUGAAAAAUCUAUCGUGCUAGGUAUUUACAUUCUACUUCGUCUUAUUUGGCAAAUGUCUUUUACUUCCUUGUUGUAACAGCUAUUGUUUAGAUCUAAAUCUAUACUUUUUAUUUUAUCAUGGUUACCCUGGUAUGUCAUUUGUCAGUUAAAUUAGAUCGCGCAAGCAAUUGAGAAUGUAACAAUAUUGUGAAUCCCAUCGUGUUUUUUCUAUGGUUUUCAGCAUCUUUUUUUCUACCCUCAAGCAUGUUCUCAAUUUUCAAAUGCCUACUUCAUUUUGACGUGUGACAUUAUGAUUGUUUUGUUUUUGUUGUGUUUAGUGUCACAUUGAUACAGUUCAGUUUACGUUUUACGGCAACUUUUCCAGCAAUUUCUGUGUCAGCAUUACAUUUGUCUAGGCGAAUUUCAUUAGAGUUUUAUCAAAGCAAUAAUAGCACAAUGACUUAUAUCAAAGAUUUCUUGAUUCGAGCAUCAUGUUUUUUAUGAAACCUGGUAUACAUUGACAUUAUAUAUAGAAGGAAUUUAAGCAUGCAGCAUGCAGUAUUUUUUUUUUGUCCAUUUGGUUGUAAUACGUUAUUUGCAUACAUGUUUUAUUUGAAAACGAAUGUGGCUAAUAAUAAAAUGUUUAUCUACAUAUAUCAUGUAUAUUUAGUAACAGUUAGCUGACAUAAAAAUCACAUACUUUAUUCACGUUCAUGUUUAGCAAAAUAGUACAACUUGUUCUUUUUGGAAAAUGAGAUGACCUAAAUAAACAAUGGUAUAAUGUUACUAUUUACUACAAAUCGAUCGAGGUGUAAAUGUGCUGUUGAUAAAAAUAAUGUUUUACCGGGAUCUAGGACAAUGUCAAUAUGGUGGAAUAUCUAAAGUGCUCCAGAGGAUGACUUGUUGUAUUAGUCUGUACAACUGUCGGGGAACUUGUCGUUCUAGUAACAUUGGUGUUACACUGGAGAAUUGCAAGGAAGGAACUUCUGAAUCCCAAACAACAACAACAACUAUGUUUUCCACGUGACAAAUUUGUCUCCACGGAAGAAAUAGAAAGGUGUCCGGAUGGAUUGAAAGAGACACACAAGGAAAAGGAAAAUGUCACGAUGUGCUGUGGAGAUUUCAACUUUGUGCUAGACAAAUUAAUCACAAAGGUCGCUUCCAAUAGAUAUAACAGCGAUAUAAAUCCAG